GGUUAUUAACAUACUGGGCAGUAUUUAUUGAAUGAAUGAGCCGCUCAUUCUUACUCUGCUCCUGUGACUUUGAGGCUUUUGUUCGGUGUAUCUACUGUGCCUACACACUUGUGCUUUUGCAAUCAUGUCUGACAAACCUGACAUCACUGAGGUUACAACCUUUGACAAAACCAAGUUGAAGAAGACCGAAACACAAGAGAAGAACACGCUGCCAACUAAAGAGACCAUUGAACAGGAGAAGACGACAGAGUCAUGAAGACCAGUCUCCCAUGUGUUGCACAUUCCACAAGUGCUGCUGACUUGAACCACUUCACAGAUGCAUUUUUGUCUGUACUUGCUAAUCCAUAGCAAUGUCUACAAAUUCUACCAGAUGUAAAGCAAGUGGCUUCCCUUUAGCACAGGGAUCAGUCCCUUGAAUCCCUGCUGUGGAAUGAUUGCAUGAUGGACUUGUCCUUAUCAUUUUCUUUUUUUUUUUGGCCAAUUCUGAAUGCUCACUAAGCAAGGCAUAUCUUGUAAACUUUGGCAUGCACAUGUUUCAAUAUUUAAAAUAAAACAAACUUGAAUAAA